AUGGCAAAUCCUCCAGAUAAUUAUUCUGGGCAGAAGGCAUCAUUUGAGUGCCACUUUAUCAAAGUCGCCUCGCGCAAGACAGAUGCCAGUCGAGAAGGGUUCUUAUUGGAAUGGAGAAUAAGCUAUGCACAGUACCCGUACAUUGAAUAUAUAUAUGGGCGGACGAUGGUGACAGAGUUGAUAACUUUUGAGAUAUUGCAAACCAAAUGGAAGAUUAUGUGCGAGGGCACGGUGCCUCCUAUGUCGGUGGUCGUAGAAAAAAAGAAAAGCGGUUGUUCGUGGGCCCCCGGUGUGACCAAAAAGGAAUCCGAGGAACGGGUGAGGAGCGAGGGGGUAGAGUGCGAGGCAGGAGAGAUCAAGGGAACGGGCAAAGAGUGGUUGUUAGGGGGCGGCUGA